GGCAGGAGGAGGGGUAAGUGGCUUUAUGUGCAGGCAGCUCUGUCACUGCGUGACAGUGGAAUUCGGCUGAGAGUGUGGUCAAAUACAGAACUGAGGAAUAAUUCAGGUAGAAGAGGAUGGAAAAUAUCAGAUCCUUGCUGUCAGUUAUGAAUGGACCGCGCGCCUUCUACAAUCCCCAGCAGGAUGCCGAGGGCGAAGUUAAUAGCUCGGUGGAGAUGAAGCUGACAGAAGAUGAGGCUCCAGAGCCUUUAUUCAUGACCGACAUGGUGAAGCUCAUCAGUUGGAAGCAUGAGAACAGGAGGAAGGCCCUGAUUUUCUGGGUGCUGGCCUUGCUCCUGCUGCUGGUUGUCGCAUUUCUCCUUGGAUACGUCACUUUUCGCAACACCCGUAGAACAUGUCCAGCAGAUACCAUGGUGGGUAUGGCCGUGGUGAAUGACUAUGAUGACUUUUCCCAGGACACAGACUAUAGCUCACAAUUGUUCCUCCACUGGACGGAUCUCAAGACCAUGCUGGAAAAAUAUAUCGACAAGGACCAGAUCGUCAAAAACAUCAGGAUGAUGAGCGAGGACCCCCACCCAGUGGGCUCGAGGGAGCUGAGCCGGCUGAACGAAGUCAUCCUCAACAAGCUCCACUCCUUCAACCUCCACCACGUCUGGACAGACUCGCACUACGUCACCCUGCCCUUCCCAGACAGCUCAUCCCCCAACUACCUGUGGCUGGUGGACUCAAAAGGAAAUAUCCAGGAGAAGCUCGAGCCACCGGACCAGUCUAUUUUCCUCGCGUACAGUCCAAAUGGGAACGUCACGGGAGGCCUGGUGUAUGCUAACUACGGACUACAACAGGACUUCAGGAAACUCAAUCAAUUGGGCAUCAAAGUACAAGACAAUAUCGUUCUGAUCCGGAUUGGGAAAAUUAGCUUUGCUGAGAAGGUGGCUGCCGCCCAGGAGCACGGCGCGAUCGGAGUCCUGCUCUACCCUGACCCUGCCUGCACUCUGCAGGUGCCCAGGGGCUCAGGUCCCUCCUGGAAAACCACCGUUUCUGGACAUGUGCAUCUCGGCACAGGUGACCCAUUCACUCCCGGUUUCCCUUCGUUCAACCACACACAGUUCCCCCCCGUGGAUGCGUCCGCACUUCCAAAAAUUCCAGCACUGACCAUCAGCGCCAGGAUUGCUUCCAACCUCCUCAGUAAGAUGAGGGGGAUGCCUAUCCCCAGCGAGUGGAAUGGGGGCUUCCCUUCCCCGAGCACGUACAUGCUGGGCCCCCAGCUCUCUGAGGAUGGUGCUCAGCUCCAGAUGGGUGCCUACAGCCGCAUGAUCCCCACCAUGAUAAACAACAUUUUUGGAUCCAUCGAAGGCAUUCUUGAACCUGAUCGCUACAUCAUCUUGGGGGCUCAGCGGGAUGCCUGGGGUCCUGGCGCGGCGAAGUCCGGCGUGGGAACGGCCAUCCUUCUAGAGCUGGCCAAAGCCAUGUCUGAAAUGGUCAUGAAUGGGUUCAGACCACGACGGAGUCUCCUGUUUGCAAGCUGGGAUGCUGGCGAGUAUGGUAGCAUUGGGGCAACUGAAUGGCUGGAGGGUUAUUUGACCAUGAUGCAUCUGAAGGCAGUAGCUUACUUCAGCCUGGAUCGAGCAGUUUUGGGAGACGACACCCUAGUUGCCCAAUCCAGUCCGCUACUCCACCAGCUGAUCGAGAAGGUGAUGAAGCAGGUUGGAAGCCCAAACCAGGGAGCACAGAACCUCUACAACCAGAUCAUGAACCAGUUUCCCAAAUUUAGAGAGAAAAUUAUACAGCCCCUCACCAUGGAGAGUAGUGCCUACCCCUUCACCGCCUUUGCUGGAGUACCCGCCAUGGAACUCAACUUCAGAGAGAGUGACCAGGCCUAUCCGUUCCUCAACACCAAAAUGGACACCUUUGAAAAACUGAACAGUAAGCUGAAGGGCAGGCUGGGCGAUUUCAGCGAGGCACUGGCACAGGUUGUUGGCCAGAUGGUGAUCAAACUGUCCCACAAGGAGCUGCUGCCCCUCAACUACCGUUCGUACAGUGAAGUGAUCCUCAAGUAUCUGCUGCAGCUCAAGACAUUAUCAGAGGAAUUAGAGAGCCGGGGCCUCACCCUCCAGUGGCUGUUCUCAGCCCGAGGGGACUUUAACCGAGCGGCCGAGAACCUCAACAACCUGAUCCAGUCCUCGGAUGAGAAGGACGAGCGUCUUACCCGCAUCUACAACAACAAGAUCAUGAGGGUGGAGUUCUACUUCCUCUCGCAGUACGUGUCGGCCACCGACACCCCAUUCCGCCACAUCCUGCAUGGACGGGGCAACCACACACUGGAGGCACUCACCACCCACUUCCAGCUCCUGCAGGAAGACCCUGACCGCUUUGACGAGGCCACUUUCCGCCGCCAGUUGGCCCUCAUCACCUGGACGCUGCAGGGAGCCGCCAACGCACUCAGCGGGGACGUCUGGAGCCUCGACAACAACAACUUCUAACCGGCUGGAUGUCGCCCAGCUCGUCCAAACAACCCCUCACUCCCACUCCCCACGAGGAGGUGCAACUGUCAUCUCAACACCCCACCCUCUUCCCUCCCUUCUCCCCUUUCUCAUCUGCAUCUCCCUUUCCUCUCCUGCAGCACCCCUCCCUCUAUAACAACCCUACUCUUGCCCCUCCCCAAAUUAUACCCCUCGCUCUUGCCACCCUUCCUCCUAUACCAUCCCUUCCUCUCGCCCGCCUCUCCCUUACCCUCUCCCCAUCACACCCCUCUUGCCACCUCCCACCAUAAAACCCUCCCCCUCUUGCCUCAUUAACCCCAAUAACACUUCCCUCUUGCCCUCCUUCCCUUUACCUGAUUUCCAUAACCUCCCUUUUGCCACCUCCCUCCAUAAAACCCUCCUCCUCUUGGCACCUCCCUCCAUAAAAUCUUCCUCCCUCUUGGCACCUCCCUGCAUAAAACCCUUCUCCUCUUGGUACCUCCCUCCAUAAAAUCUUCCUCCCUCUUGCCCCAUUAACUCCUAUAACACCCCUUGUUCUUGUCCUAUCACCCUUUAUAACACUUGCCCCCUCCCCUGUAACACCCCUUCUCUUUUGCCCCAUCACCCACUUUAACACCCCUCCCUCUCACCUAUUACACCUCUCCCUCCUGCCCCUCCCCUAUUGCACCCACCUCUUCUGCAACCUUCCUCUUUCUUCCUGCCCCCUCCCCUACUAAAGUUCCUUUCCAUCCUGCCCCACCUACAACCCCUACAAAGUACCCCCUGUUGCUUCUCUACACCUACAACUACCCAUCUUGCCUCCCUUCCCUUAACCCCUUUUUCCCUCACGCCCUUCCUGCAAUCCCCCUAAUCCCCACUCCAUUUCCACACCUCCUCACGUCCCCUCCCCUUCAACCCCCUCCCUCAGCCUGUUUUAUGCCUUCCAGCUGUUUCCAUCGCCCUGCCCCUCAAACCCACCCUCCUCCUUCCCUCACCCUCCCCAUCAAUGCUCACCCUCUCUCCCAUCACUUUUGUCGAAGAGUGCGGUGUGAGGGCGUCCCACUGGAGUUCACUCAGUUCUGGAACAUUCUGAACAGAACUACCCAUUGGGAAAACCCUCUCCCACUUCUCUUGGGCGGGUCUGUUUGCCUCCCUACUUUACCCAUUUGAUACCUCACAACCAGACAGCCACUGCACAUUGUAGUUACAAGAGAUUCUGCAACGUGAAACAUCCUCUCCAUCGAUGCUACCGGACCGGCCGAGUCCCUCCGGCAUUUUGCAUGUGUUACUCUGAACGUUAUUUCAGAAAAACACACAUACACAUUCUCAUUCUCAUUCAUUCAUUCUCUCUCUCUCUCUCUCUCUCUCUCUCUCACACACACACACACACACACACACACACACACACACACACACACACACACACACGAAUAUUAU